AUGGACGUGUGUUUUCCAGGCUCCUCUGCUGUCACGGGUCCAGGCACAGUGAAGGGCCAGGAGUGGGGCUCGCUGACCGUGUGGUGUGACUAUGACCCAGGCUGGGAGACCUACGUGAAGUAUUGGUGUCGAGGGGCUGCCUGGAGCAGCUGCAACACCCUUGUUAGAACCACCGGCUCGGAGCAGGAGGUGAAAAAAGGCCAUGUGUCCAUCAGGGACCAUCAGAAGAACCGCACGUUCACUGUGACCAUGGAGGCGCUCACGCGGGGCGAUGCGGACACUUACUGGUGUGGGGUUGAGAGAGUCGGAGAUGACCUUCGGGCCCAAGUUAAUGUGACCGUUGACCCAGCACCAGUCUCCCCAGAAGAGGACAAAGGCCCCCCACCUAUAACCACUAGCAGCUCCCUGCUGGGCAGCGUCCACUUCCUGCUCCUGGUCUUCCUGAAGGUGCCCCUGCUCCUGGGCAUGCUCAGUGCCGUCCUCUGGGUGCACCAGCCUCAGAGGUGCCCUGGGAGGAGACAGAGUCAGCCUGACUACGAGAACUAG